AUGGAAAAAAAUACCGCAUUAGUCGACUUCGUGUCUAACUUUAUUGAUUCUAAUUCUCAAGAAUUCUAUAAAGAAAUUAAUGAAUUUUUAUACAAUAAUCCAGAAACAAAUUACGAGGUAUGUUUAACAUUAAAUAGCAUCAUCACACAAAAUUAUUAUUAAUGAUCAUUUAAAAGCUGAUGACUAACUGAAAAAUAGGAAUUUAAGGCGCAUAAUCAAUUAACCGAUUAUUUGGAGACGAAGCCAGGAUGGGAAGUUACCAGGUCUGCUUUUGGAAUUGAAACUUCGUUUGUCGCCACUUUUCAGCAUAAAUCUAACGCAUCCUCCAAAGUAAUUUCAUUUAAUGCGGAAUACGACGCAUUGCCUGAAAUGGGACAUGCUUGCGGCCACAAUCUUAUAGCAACUGGUGCAAUUGCUGCAGCAAUCGCUUCAUCUGAGGCAAUGAGAAUAUUUAACAUUGCAGGAACAGUUAAACUCUUCGGUACACCAGCUGAAGAAGGUGGUGAUGGUAAAGGGAAAAUGUUAAAAGCAGGUGCAUAUAACGACGUUGACGUUUCCUUGAUGCAUCAUGGUAAUUCUGAAAGUCCAGGACAGGCCUUCGUACGUACUGCAGCAUCAUUUAGAUUUAAUAUAGAGUAUUUCGGAAAGAGUGCUCACGCUGGUGCCUGUCCAUGGCAGGGAGUUAAUGCUUUAGACGCAGCAUCUAUUUUUAUGCACGCUUCUUCUUUAUUAAGACAACAAUUUGAAGCAACUGAUAGAAUUCAUUUUGUUGUUACUGAUGGUGGCGCUGCUGCAAAUAUUAUUCCAGAUUAUACCAGGAUUAAAGGUAUUAUUAGAGCAAUCAAUAGAGGUAAAAUGGCUGAACUUAAAGAAAAGCUUGUUGGGUGUAUUAAAGCUGGUGCUUUAGGAUCAGGAUGUACAUAUAAAAUAAAUUAUGAAAAUGAGUAUAACGAUAUGAUUUCAAAUAUACCUUUAACAGACUCUUUUCGGGAAUUUUUUAAUGGUUUUUGCGACAACGAUAACGAAAAAUUGAAAGACUUAGCUCACGAAAGAAUUUUUGUAAGCUCGGCUUCAACUGAUCAAGGGAAUGUGUCGUGGGAUAUUCCAUCUCUCCAUUCUUUUUUUUGCAUCAAGGCAGAUAAGGAACCUCACACUAUUGAAUUCUGUGAAGCAGCAGGUAAGAGAUCGUCCCAUGAUUCUUGUCUAAAAUCAGCUAAAUGUAUGGCUUUGACUGGAUUAAAAGUUUUGUAUGAUGAAGAAUUUUAUACAAAAAUUUAUUCGUCUUGGAAAGCAGAUGUCGAGAGUUUGAAACCAAAAAAUGUAGAUUUAAAUGCUUUAGAUAAUGAAUUUACGUACAGUUAA